AUGUCUGACGGAAACAACAACGCCUCGACUGGACAGUCGUACCUCGAUCAGGCCACCGGUCUCGCUCAGCGUGCCUUGGGCACCGUGACUGGCGACUCUUCCACUCAGCUGAAAGGCGAAGUCAAGCAAGACGAAGGCGAAGUUAAACAUGAAGCCUCCCACACAACCGCCAAGCUAGGCAACAUCACCGCCGACCCCAACACCGGCGCCGUCGCCAAAGACGAUCCCAAGCGCGACACCGGCUCCUGGGACCAGACCGUCGGCUCCGCCAAAGAGUCCCUGGGCAAUCUGAUUGGCAACGAGAGCCUGCGUCGCACUGGCGCCGAGCAGAACGCCGCUGGCAAGGAGCAGGAAGCCAAAGGACAGCUCAAGGACUGGGGCGAGGGCAUCCAGAACCGGGCUCAUGGUGCUCUUGGAUCGGUCGGUGCUGCUGUUACUGGUGAUCGUACCGAGGAGCAGAAGUACCGGGAUAUGCAUGACGAGGGCAAGGUCCGUCAGCGUGGUGCUGAGGCUGACAUGGAGAAGAAGGGUGGUGUCUAA